AUGGACGAUUACCGUCGUUACCGUCAAAAGCCUUCGCAAGAUCCCAACGCUGCUCGCAACGAACUCUUUGGUGGACCUCAACCAAACUAUCCGCCACCAACUCAAUAUCAACCCCCCCCUCAAUACGGAGGUGCUCCAGGAUAUGGACAGAAUCCUUCUUAUGGAGGCUAUCCUCCAGCAGGUGGAUACUCUCCGUAUGGCCAGCAGCAGUAUGGUCAGCAGUAUGGUCAGCAGUAUGGCCAGCAGUAUGGCCAGCAGCGUACCGAGGAAGAGGAAGUUGACGAGAUAAAGACCCAGAUUCGACAGACGAAAUUAGAAUCACUGCAAUCUACUCAAAACUCUUUACAGGCAAUCCAGAGAGCGGAACAGUCUGCUCAAACCACGCUGAAUAAGCUUGGAGAACAAACACAGCGUAUCAACUACACUGAAAAACAGCUUGAACUGGCAGCUGCUCAAGCCGAGGUAGCUCAAGCGAAAGCGUCCAAGUUAAAAAAGGUCAAUGGCUCAAUGUUUGGAUUUGACAUAGGCCUUCCGUUCACCAAAAACCGUGAAAAAGCUGAAAUGAAAAAGGUGGCUGCUCUUCAGUCGCAGCAACAUGCCAAUAAGGAACAAAGACAGCAGGGUAAUUGGGAAUCCCAACAAAGGGUUCAUGAGGCUAUGCAAACAGCCACAAAGAACACCAAAUAUCAACCUGGAAGAAAUUCGGAUCGAUCCAGAUUCCAAUUCGAAGGCGAUGAAGAAGAUGAACAGAUCGAGAAUAGAUUGGAUUCGAAUUUAGAUCAAAUAUCAAGUGGCCUGACGAGAUUGCAAGCUAUGGCUAUUGCAUCUGGUCAAGAAGUGCAGCGACAAACUGGUACCUUGGAUAGGAUAUCAAGUCAAGCUGGUAAUGUUGAGGGCAGGAUUUCGCAUAGCACACAAAUACUAAAGAAUAUCAAGUGA